CAACAGUUACAAUCAUGGCAUUGGGCAGCUAUGGGGCAAAGGGGACCGUUUUUGGUCCCAUUUUAAAUUGGCAACUAGUGUAAUGGCACGCUCAUUUACUAACGUGGAAGGAAAGAAGGAGCCAAUAAUUGAUAUUGAAAAUUCAACCAGAAAACCAACCCACUUGUGGCUGGUGUGUUGUGCUUAAAACCAGGUAGUUGUAGUUGUGUUCUUCCUUCCUGUGAGGAAGCUAGACCAGCCGACAGCUUCUCCACAGUUGCUGCUGCUGCUGAAUUGUAUAUACAUAACAGCAGUACGAGCCAAAGAGGAGGAGGAAGAAGAAGAUCCUUCUUUCAUCGGAUCCGCUUGAGAAAGAGAUCGAGGUGGAAUAAUAAGAGGGGACCGAAUCAUCAACUUGCUUGCGCGCGCCUUUUUUUCCCUCAACUACUCCCGGCCUUUUCGCCUAAUCCCCAAAUUGUUUUUCUUCUCCUUGGCGAGUUUAUCGGAUCUGGAAAAAAAUUCCGUUAAUCGAAUUAUUCUUUUUCCCCUCUUUUUCCUUUUCUUUUCUUUCCAAUUUCCAUCUCUUUUCUCCGCCAUUUCCCCCAAAAGAGAAAGCCUCGCCAUUGUUGCGGUGUCGAGAGCUCCCCACUUUUCCCCGGUCGGCUCUCGAUCCGCCUGAGCACAUAUCCCCGGCGGCCGGAGUAGGGUCAGAUUAAAGGGGAGGGGAAGGAGGAGAAGAGGAAAGUGGAGGUGGAAGGGUUGGAGGAGGAAGGGGAGGAGAGGAGUCGUCGCCGUUGACCACCAUGGAAAACAUUGCGUCGCAGCUGAAGCGGGGGAUAUCGCGGCAGUUCUCCACCGGCUCGCUGCGGAGGACGUUCAGCCGGCAGCUGUCGCGGCAGUCGUCGUUCGAGCCGCGGCGGAACAACAUGCGGUUCAGCUUCGGGCGGCAGUCGUCGCUGGAUCCCAUACGGCGGAGCCCGAUCAAGGAGGAGCUGCUGGCGGUCCCGGAGAACUUGGACUGCACGAUGCAGCUGUUGUUCAUGGCGUCCCGCGGCGACGCGCGAGGGGUCGAGGAUUUGCUGAACGAAGGGAUUGAUGUCAACAGCAUCGACCUCGACGGGAGGACCGCGCUCCACAUUGCCGCCUGCGAGGGACACGCCGAGGUCGUAAAGCUUUUGCUCAGUCGGAGGGCCAAUAUCGACGCUCGCGAUCGCUGGGGGAGCACUGCUUGUGCUGAUGCUAAGUUCUACGGGAAUGUAGAGAUUUACAACAUUCUGAAAGCUCGAGGGGCCAAAGUUCCGAAAACCAGGAAGACGCCAAUGGCUGUAGCAAAUCCUCGAGAAGUACCCGAGUACGAACUUAAUCCACUAGAACUUCAAGGUACAUAUCAAGUGGCUAAGUGGAAUGGUACAAAGGUUGCAGUAAAGAUACUUGACAAGGAUUGCUACACGGAUCCUGAAAGCAUAUGCGCAUUCAAAAAUGAAUUGACCUUAUUAGAGAAGGUUCGACAUCCAAACGUGGUUCAGUUUGUUGGAGCAGUUACCCAAAAUAUACCAAUGAUGAUAGUUAUAGAGUAUCAACCAAGAGGAGACUUGGGAAGUUAUCUUCAAAAGAAAGGUGCCAGAAACAUUAUGCUGGAUAGUGGGGGUCAUUUGAAGGUUUCUGGGUUUGGUUUGAUAAAGCUGUCCCUAAUUUCACUUGACAAAGCUAAAGUUGCGUCAGGAUCUUUAUUGGACCCCUCAAAUGUAUAUAUGGCACCUGAAGUUUACAGAGAUGAAAUUUUCGACAGGACUGUGGAUGCUUACUCUUUUGGUGUUAUGUUAUAUGAGAUGAUCGAGGGAGCGUACCCAUUCUAUCCCAAGCCUCUUGAAGAGGCUGUUAAAUUGAUGGGUAUUGAGAAGAACAGACCUGCGUUUAAGCUCAAGUCCAGACAUUAUCCUCCUGAUAUGAAAGAAUUGAUUGAUGAAUGCUGGCAUCCAGAACCAGUUGCCAGGCCAACGUUUUCUGAGAUAAUCGUGCGGCUGGACAGAAUAGUUGCACACUGUUCGAAGAAUGGCCGGUGGAAAGAUACUUUCAAGCUACCCUGGAAAUAAGAGGAAAGAGGAUUGGUUAGUAGGGGGUAAACGGUGUAAGAACGCAAUGGUGAAUGAGCUGACAUUGAGGGAAAGAAAGUGGGGAAGAAAGCUUCAUGUACUACAAGGCCAUGGGUAUAUAUAUAAGUUCUAGUGAGACGGUGGAUGUUCGACCCGAGCGAGGAAAAGAGACCUGCAGCAAAGCUGCAUUUCAAGUUCAAACUGCAUUCCGUUUGUAAUCAGAAGAUUUGCUUACAUAAAGAAUUCACAUCGUUAUGUAAAAAAAGAAGGAAAAACAUGGCCAUUGUUGUAAAAUGUGUUCUUGUGAUAAUAGGGAAAAAGGGGAGUUCUGAUGGUGGCAGACUGGCAGUGAUAUGUUUUGUGCUGAUUCAACCUCAUUUUACUAUAGUUUGAGAAAUAUCACGAAACCUACAAGGUGUUCUGGUACGGGAAGACUCUACGACGGUCAAUUAGAUAUAGGAGUCUUCGUUUAGAAUGCUACAUAAUAGUUAAAAUUAUCGAUUCUUGAUACACUUAAGUGGACUUUGUUAAGGUCGACGAAUUCGUUACCUGUGAAUGGAUCUCAAGUCCUC